GGUGCCGGUAAGAGGAGUGUAGUGAGCAGGCCCCCGAGCAUCAGUAAUCCGCCGCCAUCCGUCAUCAUUUAAGACCCCUUUUCUGUGUAACUGCAAGGGCGCCUGAAGUCUUUCCUUUGCGUUGUGUAUUUCGGACAAUUUCCUGUAGUCUCAUCGCUGUUCUCCAUUUUUCUCCCUGCAGAGGGGCUGUGACAGACUACCGAGCCGACACCCUCCCGAGGAACACUAACCCACAUACAACAUGUAUGCCUGCGCCAAGUUCGUCUCCACACCCUCAUUGAUCCGUGCUGGAUCCAGAGCUCUGUACAGACCAAUUUCUGCAUCAGUGUUGUCACGGCCAGAGGUCCAAACUGGAGAGGGAAAUGCCACACUCCUCAGUGGGGCUCCAAACCCCUUCACACAGUUGGCACUGAGGGAAUUUCAGACCAGUGCAAUCAGCAGGGACAUUGACACUGCUGCAAAGUUUAUUGGUGCUGGUGCUGCCACAGUCGGAGUGGCUGGCUCUGGUGCUGGUAUUGGAACAGUUUUCGGCAGCCUCAUUAUUGGUUAUGCCAGAAAUCCAUCACUGAAGCAGCAGUUGUUCUCUUACGCCAUCCUGGGAUUUGCCCUGUCUGAAGCUAUGGGUCUCUUCUGUUUGAUGGUUGCUUUCCUGAUCCUGUUUGCCAUGUGAAUGAAGAAACUGUUGCCAUUUGAGAAAUCAACUGUAAUAAAUAUUUUACUGUGGCUCCCAAGGAAUGUCAUUGUUGUGGAAAUGUACAAUAUUUCCAAAGUCCUUUCAUUAAAAAUAGUAAAACUUUAAUUAUA